UGCGCAAAAGGAGCUUACAUAGUUUGCAUUUGCAUUAGUGUGCCUGCCGCAUCGCCCGCUGCUUACGGAAGCUGUUUAAAAGGAACUUCCACAGUGAUUUUUUUUAUAUAAAAGACGACAUUUGCGAAAAGUCUACUCUGCAGUUUACACUAUGAGUGAAGAGUUGAUACCAUCAACUGAGCUGUCGUUAUUUGCCGAGCAAUGUCCGUUGGGAGAUGAGUCCCCUACAACGAAAAAUGUCGACAAUGAGUCCGUAGUAAUUUUGGAUAGUGAUGAACAGUUAAUUAAUUUAUUGUGUUCGGGGGAUUUGUCGUCAAAUGCAUUGAUACAGUUCAAUAGAUGUGGUUUAAAGAGAAUAGCAAUUUUGCAGAUGAUCCAUUCCCACGACAUUGACGAAAUUUUUAAUGCCAGAGCACUAAUUGCGGACAAAAUUAAGUUCCGGUACAACUUGCAAAAAUGGCGUUUAGAAAAUAAUUUCGAUAUGCUCACGUGCUGUAGUGGUGAUAGAACUAUAACAAACCUUUCAUCCAUUCGAAGCUGGCUGAGCUCUGCAAGCACACCUUCAACAUCCCCAAACAACGAACCCAACGUCGAAGGGGUUUUAAAAGAAACAGUAGCAGGUAACGACAUAAUAAAGAAGUACGAAAACUGUGGUUGCCUCCAAGAAAGUGACCAAUCUGCAAUAGUUCGCAUUAUUGUGGAUAAACUGAACCUGACGUAUUACGACGCCAUGCUUGGAGCACUUGAUGCAAAUUGCAGGCAUUAUUAUCUUAUAAACUUACUACAUGCAGUAAUAACACCGCCGAGAGUAAAUAAAAACAUAAAGCCCUCCAUUACAGAUGCACAAAUGGAUAUGAUGGUGCAUCUUAUAAAUAUUAAUAACUUCCAGCAAAAACUUGACGAGCUAAAUGAAAGCGCUCACAACGAGGGAUUAACACUGCAACCUAGAGUUUUUGUUGUUGGUGAGAGUCCUCAAAACAAAAAUUCUAUGUCUGUGUUGACAACAUUAAAUAUAAAGUAGGUAGCUUAAUUAGGGCUAUAGAUUUAGUUGUAAAAAUGUCUUUUGUAUUCAACAUUGAAUAUUCCGUAAAGAGUAAAUAUAUGUGGAUUUUCCUUCAACGAUAUAUUUAUGAUAUUUCCUCUAAGGAAAAAUUUCCCAAAAUUGAAAAUAUUUUAAACAAGCUAAAUAAUGUUCAAUAAAAAUGCACUUGAAGAAAGACCCACACAUACUUGCUCUAUAUGCGGAAAUUAAUUUAUAUUAUUUGAAAAUCUUGUUAACCUUAAGAUUUUACAUCGAACUCCAAUUACUUUUAAGUAUUUAUGCCUUUAUCAGAAAUGCAAUAGAUAUUUUCAAAACUUGUAUAAGUUUCGAAAUCACGCAAGCAAGCAUGAUUUUAAUUGUAAUCUUAAUGAAAGCAAAAAUGGUUCACAAACCAAAGUACCAAAAACUAAUAUAAAUUUCCCUCAAAAUGUAAAUGAACUGACUCCAAGCCAAGAGUACUUAGAGGUUCAAGCAGAAUCGCCAAGUCAAGACUGCGUUGAAAAAAGUAAUGAAGUAAAUAUUUCACAUAUUAAACAAUUAAUAGAUUAUAAUGUAACAAGUCAUGCUUUACAACUUCACUGCAAACCGAAUACUUUUAGUAAAGAUAUACCAGUCGCUCAGAAAUCUAUUACUGAAUUGAUAAUUCCUCCAAUUGUAAAGUCUUUUGAAAAAUAGAUCUUUCAAAACUUGAAUUUUAUCAGAACUUAUGUACCAAAUUUACAAUCGGAAAUGAAGUUUUAAGUAUGAGAUACAAAGGGGUACUGUAUGAAAAGAAUUACUAUAUUAAAUCAAAGAAUACAGUACUGCUUAUUUUAAAAAUAUUUUUUGAUUUACAUAAUGAAAUUUUUUUGAUUUGUCAGGAAUGCAAAACUUCUUUUUCGGAAAAAUUUCAGUCUCACGAAGUUUUAGGUACCAAUAACGCAUAUUAUUUAAAAAAAAUCGAUCUCAAAUCAGUACCUUCAAAAUUGUAUACUUUAAAUGACGGCAAAAAAGUUGUACGAUGUUUUUGACAAAUAUACACAUUACCUUGUGAUCAAAACCAAGUGGAUGGUAAUAUUUUAUAUAUUUAAAAUAUAUUUUAUACCAAUUUACAU